AUGUCGUUUAGCAUCACCCUCCGCCAAGCGCCCUUGCGCCUGGCGCAGCGCAUCCCGCAGCUCUCCUCCCGAGCCAUCCACACCUCACCCAAGUCCUCGAUUGCCGCUCGUGCAAACAGCUUGAAGACGACCUCCUUCUUCACCGCCCGCAAUGCCUUCCGCAACUCCUCGAGGACAUACAUGCAGCAGGCUGCCCCCGUUCAGGGCCAGCAGUCUAGCCCUCUUCGCAAGCUGAUGGUCGGCGGUGCCAUCUUUGGCGGCACCCUCGUCGCCAUCAACGUUGUCUUCAACCGCGAGACUCGCGAUGACGGCGGCAUGCCCGUGUACGAGCGCGAGUACCUCAACGACACCUUCCUUCACACCGGUCUGGGUGUCGGCAUCAUCGCCCUGACUGCCCGCCAGAUGGUCCAGAGUGGAUUUGUCUACAGACUCAUGGUCACGAAUCCCUGGGUUGUCGGAAUCGGUGGUCUGGCGCUGAGCUUCGGUACCAUGUACGGCACCAGGGCCAUCUCCCCUGACAACUACAUCCCCAAGUACGCCAUGUGGGCUGCCUUCAACGCCACCCAAGCCGCCCUCAUCGCUCCCCUGCUCACGAUGGUCCCUGGUCCCCUCCUCGCCCGCGCUGGUCUCUACACCGUCGCCAUGAUGGGCUCUCUCUCCAUCGUCGGUGCCACCGCUAAGCAGGACAAGUACCUCUACAUUGGUGGUCCUCUCCUCGCCGGUCUCGGUAUCGUCGUCGCCUCCAGCCUGGCGCCCAUGCUCCUCCCCGUCACCGCCGUCCGCACCCUUGCCCUGACGGAGAGCAUCUCCCUCUACGGUGGUCUGGCCGUCUUUGGCGGUUUCACCCUCUACGACGUCCAGAAGAUCCUGCACCACGCCCGUCUCGCUGAGCGCGGCGUCAUCCGCAAGGAUGCCGUCAACGAGAGCAUCGCGCUCGAGCUCGACUUCAUCAACAUCUUUGUGCGCAUGGUGCAGAUCCUGAUGAUGCAGAACAACCGGAGAAAGUAA